AUGAGCAAUUUUGAGUUUAUUCAGGAGUCACUUGAACCUCCUGGACAUCUCCAACCUGAUUCUUCUCCUCCUUGUCCCAUUUUGCGGUGUGUCACCGCCAAACUCAUGCACCAGCAAGCCGCCCUCGUCGCCGCCCACUCGGCCUACCUCAACCCCAUGGCAGCCGUCCAGAUGCAGCAGAUGGCCACCCUGGCCCCCAACGGGCUCAUCGCCACGCCCAUCACCCCCUCCUCAGGAAGCAGCACGCCGCCCACCCUGGCAGCCACGCCAGUCUCUGCCAUCCCAGCCACACUCAGCGUCAACGGCUACAGCCCCGUCCCUACACAGAGCACGGGGCAGCCGUCCUCCGAGGGGCUCUAUACCAACGGCGUCCACCCCUUCCCAGCACAGAGCUCGGCCGCCCCCGUGGAUCCCUUACAACAGGCUUACGCUGGGAUGCAACAUUACACAGCUGCCUAUCCAACAGCCUACGGACUCGUCAGCACCGCCUUUCCCCAGCAGCCCGCUGCCAUCAUCACCCAGCAGGCGCCCCCCCAGCAGAGAGAAGGUCCUGAAGGUUGCAACAUUUUCAUCUAUCACUUGCCGCAAGAAUUCACCGAUUCGGAGAUCUUGCAAAUGUUCCUCCCUUUCGGGAACGUCAUAUCGGCCAAAGUUUUUGUCGACCGAGCGACCAAUCAGAGUAAAUGCUUCG